CGCGGGCGCGUCGGCCCUGGCGCGGCUGUUAUGGAAACGGGCUGGGCGCGCAGGCGGCGAUGAUGGGGCGGCCAUGGCCCGGGCCGGCAGCUCCAGCGGCGACGCGGCCGCGGGCGAGCGGGCCGGGGGCGCUGGGCGGCCAGAGCCGUGGGAGCUGUCCCUGGAGGAGGUGCUGAAGGCGUACGAGCAGCCCAUCAACGAGGAGCAGGCGUGGGCCGUGUGCUUCCAGUGCUGCCGCGGGCUGCGGGGCGCGCCGGGCGGCCGGCGGCGCAUCCGGGACACAGCGGACAUCCUCCUGCGCAGGGACGGCUCGGUCAGCGCGCAGCGGGAGCCCGGCGGGGCAGAGUCCACAGCGAUGGUGUCACCGGCCAGCUCGGAAGCCCAGGUGGUUCAGUCGCUGGGCUUCGCCAUCUACCGCGCGCUGGACUGGGGCCUGGCAGAGCACGAGGAGCGCGAGCUCAGCCCGCAGCUGGAGCGGCUCAUCGACCUCAUGGCCAACAGCGACUGCGACGACGAUGGCGGUGGCGGGGCAGCCGACGAGGGCUACGGGGCCCCCGAAGAGGAGGAGGAGGCCGAGGGCGGCCCCCGCGCCGUGCGCACCUUCACGCAGGCCAUGCGCCUGUGCGCCGCGCGCCUGACCGAGCCCCGGGGCGCUCAGACCCACUACCAGGCCGUGUGCCGCGCACUCUUCGUGGAGACGCUGGAGCUGCGCGCCUUCCUCGCCAGGGUCCGGGAGGCCAAGGAGAUGCUGCAGAAGCUUCGGGAGGACGAGCCGCAGUCAGAGAAGCCCCUGAUGGAGCUCAACAGCCUGGGACGCACGGACUGGGCCCGACUCUGGGUCCAGCUCAUGCGGGAGCUCCGCCACGGGGUGAAGCUGAAGAAGGUGCAGGAGCAGGAGUUCAACACCCUGCCCACAGAGUUCCAGCUCACCCCCUUCGAGAUGCUGAUGCAGGACAUCCGCGCCAGGAACUACAAGCUGCGCAAGGUCAUGGUCAACGGGGACAUCCCUCCCAGGGUGAAGAAGGAUGCCCAUGAACUUAUCCUGGACUUCAUCCGCUCCCGGCCUCCGCUGAAGCAGGUCUCAGAGAGGAGGCUUCGCCCCUUACCCCAGAAACAGAGAACGCUGCACGAGAAGAUCCUGGAGGAGAUCAAGCAGGAACGCAGGCUGCGCCCCGUGGAGGGCAGGCACUGGGACGGGCGGGGUGAGCACGGGACACCCCCUCCCCUGCCCCUUGCCUCCCCUCCACCCCCCAACCCGUCCUGUCCUGUCCUGCCUCACCUGCUGCCUGCCCCAGGGUUCGGCUCUCUGCCCUGCAUCCUCAACACCUGCUCUGGGGACGUCAAGUCCAGCUCCUGCAUCAACCUAUCCGUCACGGAUGCCGGGAGUAGUGCCCAGCGCCCGCGGCCCCGAGUCCUGCUCAAGGCGCCCACGCUGGCUGAGAUGGAGGAGAUGAACAUAUCCGAGGAGGAAGAGUCGCCGUGUGCGGAGGUGACACUGAGGCGAGACCGCUCUUUCUCGGAGCACGACCUGGCCCAGCUCCGGAGCGAGGUGACCUCUGGCCUGCAGCCCCCUGGAGGCCUGGAGCCGGCUCGGCCGCGUGCGGGCAGCGUGCAGUCCUGGACGCCCAGCGCCCAGGAGCCGGGUUCUGUCAGCGUCCAGUCCCAGCCUGACCCCAGCUCCCCGCCACACAGUGACCUGGGCUCAGUCGACAGGCCUGGGGCCUCCAAGGCCCCAGACGCCAAUCACCAGUGGCUGGAGUUCAGCCACCCCGUGGAGAGCCUGGCUCUGACGGUGGAGGAGGUGAUGGACGUGCGCCGUGUGCUGGUGAAGGCCGAGAUGGAGAAGUUCCUGCAGAAUAAGGAGCUCUUCAGCAGUCUGAAGAAGGGGAAGAUUUGCUGCUGCUGCCGGACCAAGUUCCCACUGUUCUCCUGGCCGCCCACCUGUCUCUUUUGCAAGAGAGCUGUCUGCAGUUCCUGCAACAUAAAGAUGAAGAUGCCGUCUAAGAAGUUUGCACACAUCCCAGUGUACACGCUGGGCUUCGAGAGUCCUCAGAGGGUGUCAACCGCCAAAGCCCCGCCGGCGCAGAGAAGAGACGCCUUCCAGUGCGUGCCUGCCCUUGGUGACGUCCCUGUGGUGGGCAGGCAUCACAGUCACCUGGAAGCUGGGCGGGGGCCUGUGUGCUGGGGUGGGCUGGGGCUGAGAGGUCAGAGCCCAGGACCCAAAUUCCGCCCAAGGAAGAGCUGCUGCGGGAUGGACUUUGCUCUGCCUGCUGUGGGCGCGGGGGGAUGUGGAGACUCGGGAGGACCCCUGACGGCCCCGUCCUGCCCCAGACCCCUGCAGGGGCCCCACUGGCGGAGCGUGGAGGAGGAGUUCCCGCACAUCUACACCCACGGCUGCGUCCUGAAGGAUGUCUGCAGCGACUGCACCGGCUUUGUGGCGGACGUGGUGCGCUCCAGCCGCAGGAGUGUGGACGCCCUCAACACCACGCCCCGCCGCGCCCGCCACACCCAGUCCCUCUACAUCUCGAACACCUGGACACUCGACCUCAAGUGAUGGCUGUGGCCCCCUGGCCGCCCGGUCAGAGGCUUUUCGAGGUGCCUGGGUGACCAUGCUUCUGGGGAGGAGCCAGGCUAGUCCUGGACCAGGCGGAGAAGCCCCCGUCCUGGGGCACGGCGGCCCCCGGCCCUCGUGAUGUGCAUGUACAUAUAUACAUAUACAGAUACGUUUAUAUAAUAUAUA